GCCGCGCCACUUCUUGCUCCCCCACCCAUCCACAGUGUUUGGUCUUCUUCCUCCUUGAUCACUCCGAGCAAUUGGUAAGAGUUCCAUAAUGGAAAUCCUACCUCGACAGCUACUGCUCGGUGUCUGCGGCGCCGUCGUGCUGGUGGCCGGCUUGGCGCAUGCUGCGUACGCAGGGACAGCGCCGGUCGUGGUCGGCUUGGCCAUGUGCUCGGGUUGCACCAGGAAGAACAUGAAUGCCGAGGCAGCUUUCAAAGGUCUUCAAGUGGCUGUCAAGUGCAAGAACAGCAGGGGCGAGUACGACAAAAUGGCCGUGGGGAAGGUGGACAAGUCCGGCGCCUUCAGCGUCCCCCUCGCCGCCGACCUCGUCGGCGAGGACGGCGUGCUGAAGCAGGACUGCUUCGCGCGGCUGCACAGCGCGUCGAGCGCGCCCUGCCCGGGGCAGGAGCCCUCCAUGAUCGUCGCGGCGCAGCAGCCCGGCCACGACGGCGCGAAGACGUUCGUGGCGCUCGCCGGCAAGGUGCACCGGCCGUCGGCGGAAUGCGCCUCCGCGUUCCUGUGCGAUCCUUUCCACAAGCACCACCACCACAUCGUCCUCCACCCGCCCGUGAUCGUUCCUCCCAAGCAUGACCAUGAUCACUCGCUCCCGCCAGUCCACGAGCCUCCGGUGACCGUGCCCGACCACAAGCCGGCGCCGGUGACCGUUCCCGAUCACAAGCCGCCGUCCACGACGACGCCGGUGUACGCGCCGCCGAAGCCGACCCCGAUCUACGGCCCUCCAACCCAGCAGAAGAACAAGCACUAGAAAGUUCGAUACGGGCUGUAAACUGAAAUGCAUGGUAACAUUCAGUUUCGCCCCGUCAGGUCAUGCGGUUUCUAAUUCUACCCAAUAAAGUUUGUGAGGACGAUGAUUAGAUUGGCAUUGUUGCGUUUCAUUAGCUGGGUACGUACUACAUAGCAUUAGAUUCCAUGUUGCUAUGUAUGACUUCUUUGAAGUACAAUGUAUGUAACGAAUAUGUUGUCAUGAUUUGUCUAGCCGCUCA